ACCGCGACCGCGAUAUCACAAUUCUAUUCACAAGUGGUAUUAGUAUGGAUCAGCCAGUCGGUGGUUGUGCAUAUUUUGGCACCGUUGUCUAGUGGCAACUUAUUUCUUUUGUACAACUGCAUUGCAGUUGGGUCGUGCAGACUCGUGCUUAACGUUUGUAGACAUGUUGGCUCGAAGUAUUCUCAUUACCGGCUGUAACCGGGGUAUUGGACUGGAGAUGGUUCGGCAGCUUGUUAAUUCCACCAAUCCACCAAACAUUUUGAUCGCUACAUGUAGAAAUCCAGCUAAGGCGACCGAACUCUUGGAACUAGCGAAAAAAUUUCCGAUGCUGAAGGUAAUCCAGUUUGAUGUUACGGAUUAUAGUUCCUUGCCGCGCAUCGUAGACGAAGUGAAGGCGGCAGUGGGUGACAAAGGGUUGAAUCUCCUAAUCAAUAACGCCGGAGUUUUAGAAAAAUGUCCCUCCCAGAUAUUCGGUAUUCCUUUGCAGAAUUUAGAGGUUAAAGUCUUCCAAGAUGUCCUUGAGGCUAACACUACUGCUCCUUUGUUUUUAAUUAAGGCGCUUUUGCCUCUGCUGAAGGAGGCGGCGAAUGUUGGAGGCCAGAUGAGUGUUUCGAGAGCCGCCGUUGUUAACAUGUCUUCCAUACUCGCUUCCAUGGGAGGUUUUACCGGUAACCCCGAUAUUUAUGGCUACCGGGCUAGCAAGGCCGCAUUAAACAUGAUUACUAAAGCCUUGGCUGAGGACUUCGGCAAAGAGGGGAUGUUUUUCGUUGCCUUGCAUCCAGGUUGGGUCCAGACUGACAUGGGGACAUCAGCAGCUAUGAUUAGUGCAGAAGAUAGUGUAGCCUCAAUGUUUCAAGUGCUACCAACUUUAUCAGAAAGGCACAAUGGUUUAUUGGUUUCUUACACAGGAGAUAUUCUUCCUUGGUGAUUUUCUUAGUACGUAGUACUGUAUAGUAUAUGUUCAAAAAGAAUUAAGAAUCACAUUAAUUUAUCAUAAGCAUGGGACUUUUAAGAACUUUUUGGUGCAUCUGCACUACAUGUAUGUGAAAUUAAAUAUGUAUUAACUUUUUUAUAUUUUUACAUUUUCUUAUAACUGCACAAUGAAUUAGCAAUUAUAAUUAAUUUGAUAUGGAAAAAUCACAAAUGGUAUAUAUUUAACUUAAUUAUUUUCAAUUAAUAUCCAGGGGAUAUGAAUCUGUUGAUCUAUUGUACUAGAGGCAAGUUCAUUAUUUUGAGACAAUAAUGAAAUAUAGAUGCAAUAUAGUGAUUUUAAAAA